AUGUCUCUGGCCAGCGUGCUCGCUUCGGCGUCGGCGGCCGCGCUGUGCGGCUGGCUCAGCAUACUACUCCUGACCUGGUACCUGGUUUCGGCAUUCGCAUCAUGGCACCGGCUGCGACACAUCCCGGGGCCGGCACUGGCAUCAUUCUCGUACCUGUGGAUGGUGUGGCACACGGUGCGCGGAACCACGCGGCCGGCCUACACCGACCUCGCAAAGAAGUACGGGCCCGUCGUGCGCGUGGCGCCCAACUACCUACUGACGUCGGACGCGGACGAGCUGCGGCGCAUCGCCCGCGUGCGCUCGCCGUACGCCCGCGACCCGUGGUACACGGCGCUCGUGUUCCGGCCCAACCAGGCGAAUCUGCUGAACAUGCUGGACAAUGCCGAGCACGAUGCGUUCAAGGCGCGCACUGCUAGCGCGUACAACGGGCGUGAGAACGGGGGUGGGGCAGAUGUGGAGGCCGCCGUCGACUCGCAGGUGGUCAGGCUGCUGGCGCUGAUCCGCCGCAAGUAUCUGUCGACGGCGGCGGGACCGGGUAAGGAGGCGGGGACUGGGACUGGCGGCGGCGGCGGCGGCGGCGGCGGCGGCGGCGGCGUGUUCCGGCCCGUCAACUUUGCGCCGCUUUCGCGCCACUUCGCCAUGGACGUCAUCACCCGGCUGGGCUACGGCAAGCCGUUUGGGCAUCUGGACGAGGGCAGCGACGUGUACGGCUGGAAUGACCACGUCGACGCGUCGCUGGUUGGCAUGUGUCUGGGGUGUGACAUUCCGCUGCUGCGCCGGAUUGCCUUCUCGCCGCUGGGCCUGCGCCUGUUUGGGCCGCACCCGGCCGAUAAGCGCGGCGUGGGCAAGGUCAUGGGAGUCAUCAACAAUAUUAUCGCGCAGCGCUUUGCGAGCCGCGACAGGCAGACCAACGACGCCAUUGGCGGCUUCAUGCGGCACGGCCUGACGCAGGAGCAGUGCGAAGCCGAGGCGAUGCUGCAGAUCGGCGGCGGGUCCGACACGACGGCAACGGCAAUCCGCGGCGUCAUGAUGCACCUGAUGGCGUCGCCGCAGGCGUACGGCCGGCUAAAACGCGAGAUAGCCGAAGCCGUCGCCCGCAGCCCCGGUCUCUCCAGCGGCGCCGACGCCGUCAUCGCGCUCGAGCAGGCGCAGAAGCUGCCGUACCUGCAAGCCGUGGUGUCGGAGGGCUUCCGGCUGCGCAACCCCGUCAACUACGGGCACUUCAAGCGCGUGCCGGCCGGCGGCGACACCAUCGGCGGGUUGUUCGUGCCGGCCGGCACCGCCAUCGGCCACAACGUGCUGGCGCUGACACGCGACGAGGCCGUUUUCGGGUCUGACGCCCACGUGUUCCGCCCUGAGCGCUUCCUCGAGUGCGCGCCCGAGGAAAAGGUGAAGAUGACGCGCGCCCUCGACAUCCUGUGGGGCGGCGGCCGCUGGACGUGUGCCGGCCGCGGCAUUGCCGUCAUGGAGAUCAACAAGGUCGUUUUCGAGCUCAUGCGCGCCUUUGACCUCUCGCUCGUCAACCCCACCCAGCCGUGGGACGAGACGAUGCUGUGCGUGACCAUGCACAGGAACAUGUGGGUUAGGAUCACCGAGGCCGAGAAGGUCUAG